AUGGCCGGCAACAACCUCCUCUCGCUCUUGGGGUGGUCGUUCCUCCCGAACCUCGUGACCGGCUGGCUGCAGACCAUCUACUACGGCCUCACGAUCCGCGCCGGCGACCCAAAGCCCGCGCCUGGCAGCGCGCGGCACGCCGAGCACCGCCGCCGCAUCCACAUCCUGGUCGUGUCGCUGUACCUGCUCUACACCAUCUACGAGGCCGACUACGAGCUGCAGCGCGCGUCCAACUACUACGCCGACCUGGGCGUCUCGGUCGGCGCCUCGGAGCGCGACGUCAAGUCGCGGUUCCGCCGUCUCGCGGCCCUGCACCACCCGGACAAGGUGGGCGCCAAUAACGGAGGAGGAGGUGGUGGUGAAGACGGCAAUGGCGGCGUGGGCGACUACUUCAUGCACCUCAAAGCCGCCUCCGACACGCUCACCGACCCCGCCCGCCGCUUCGCCUACGAGCGGUUCGGCCCCGACAUGCUCGAGUGGGAGCACUGCGUCACGAUCCGCGACUACGUCGCCCGCGGCGCGCAGCAAGUAAUACCAUAUUACGGCCUCGCCGCCGUCGCAAUGUGGGUGCUGGGCCUGCUGGGCUACCUGGACUGGGGGCGGUACUGGCGGUGGCUGACGCUGGCUUUGUUAUGUGUGUUCGAGCUGCACGCCGUGACGCGGCCGCACUUCCCGCGGCUCGUCGGGGUCGUGCUGAACCCGCUUCUUGAGCGCUUUACGAAUCAUGCGCCUUACUUGCCAUUUCAAAUCAUCGCGCUGGCGCGCAAGUUGAGCAUCACGCUGUAUAUCGCCUUCGGCCAGAUCGGGCCCUUACUGCAGAAACAGCAGCCACCGGGAGGCGGGCGGAGCAGCACCAAGACGGGCGAGAAGGCCCUCCUGGAAAACCUGGAGCGUCUGGAGCUGACGGCAAGGGGGAUGGAUGUUGAUGCCACAAGACUGAUGGAGCUGGAGAUGGCGCCGUUUGCGGGCGACGUCGAGGUCGUCGCCAGCAUGCGCUCCAAGCUGAAGGAGUGGCUCGUGCAGAACACGGUCCGCGCGGAUCCCAUGGUGCGCGAUGCGCUGGGCAGGUCGUUGCAGAAGAGGCGGGUUGAUGCGCCUGCGGGGGCUAGGGGGACGAAGUGA